GACUCUGAAGCUCGGGCCAGGUUAAGACGAAUCCAUCAUGGACCAGGUGAUGACAUUCGUGGAGCCCUGCAGGCAGUUCGCCACGGAUUCCAUCCGGCUCGUGAAUCGCUGCACAAAGCCCGACCGCAAGGAGUUUCAGAAGAUGGCAAUAGCAACGGCAAUUGGCUUUGCCAUCAUGGGCUUCAUCGGCUUCGUCGUGAAACUCAUCCAUAUUCUCAUCAACAACAUCAUUGUUGGCAGUUGAGAUCAGCUGGAGUUCUCCUUUGAAGGAGAUG